GAACUCUAUCAUAUCUGUUACAUUCAAUUGCCAUCUCCAUUUCUCUAUUGCUGUAGAAAUGUGAGCAAGUAUUAAUUGUUUGUAGCUAGACCUGUCAUAAAUAUUGAAUUUGAUUGGCCUACCUUUCAAUACAGUGUUCCAUGUUUAUCAUUACAUUAGAUUCACGUGAUAUAGAAAAGUGCUCCAGCUGCGUGUCCAGAGAUUUAGUGCUGCCUUGUCUAUAUCAGUCUCUAAUGGAUAUUAAUACACCGUGAUAAUAGGAUUGGCAGGGUGAUGCCCUGAGGUUUAGUGAUGGUGAGCCACUCCAUUCACACACACUGUAUCAUUUCUACUGCUGGACUUGAAGGAUGAGGGAUCCGCAACUACCAGGAGCUAACAGGAAUAAGAAAGACAGGACUCAAAUCCAGACUAGCAUGGCCGAAACGCAAGGACAAGGAGGAUAAGAAAGCCAAGCCAAGUGAGACGAGUGUAACGCCAUUGGACAAAACACCAAAAGUCCUUUCAACCCGUCCUAUUAUACCAGAACUGACCCCAGAACAGAGGAUGAGGCAGACACCAUUUGAGAGGGUGCUUUAUGACAUGAACCAUGACCAGAGGGUAGUCAACGACCUCAUACUGGGCCGGAGGAUCUCCUUCUACGAGCUCAGGGGGGAAAUAGGGUGUGGGAACUUCUCCCACGUUAGAUUGGGUAUCCAUGCCCUGACUAAAGAGAGGGUCGCAAUCAAGAUUUUGGAUAAGCUUCGGCUGGACAAGAAGUCUCAGUCCCUGUUUGCCACAGAGAUCAGCUGUAUGGAGAAGCUGUCCCACCCUAACAUUGUUCGUCUCUAUGAGGUGAUUGAGACCACCAAGCGCCUGUACCUGGUGAUGGAGUAUGGUAGUGGAGGAGACCUCUACUCACGUAUCACCAACCGGGGGCGUCUGUCUGACCUGGAGACCAAGCUCAUCUUUGCCCAGAUCAUCUCUGCCAUCAAACACAUGCAUGACAACAACAUCGUCCACCGAGACCUGAAAGCAGAGAACAUCUUUUACACCACCAGCUACUGCAUCAAGGUGGGAGACCUUGGCUUCAGUAUCGUGAGUGCUCCAUCUGAAGUCCUCACCACGUUUUGUGGCUCCCCACCCUACGCCGCUCCAGAGCUCUUCAAAGACAAAGGCUACGUGGGUCGUUACGUGGACAUCUGGGCCUUGGGAAUCCUGCUCUACUUCAUGGUCACCGCCACCAUGCCUUUCCACGCCGACAACCUUGGCCGUUUGAAGCGCUGUAUCAUGCAGGGAGCCUACGCCUUCCCUGACUAUGUACCCAACCCCUGCCAACUGGUCAUAAAAGGCAUGCUGAGGCCCGUGCCCGCUGACCGUGACCCCAUCUCCCUGAUAAUGACCAGCACGUGGCUGAAGAGCAUUGAGUACCCUCGGGCGUACGCCCCCCUGCCCCAGACACCCUUUCACCUGGCUGAAACCUCCCAGGUCCUGUGUGUGGAGGAGCAGGAGGUGAAGUCGGCCCUGUCUGAUCUGGGCAUCAAGGGAGUCCACCUGCAGAACAACACCUAUACAGACAAUCGCAGCCCCCUGACGGGGACGUACCGUGUCCUCCUCCACCGUGUCCAGAAGAGGAGGUCUGUGGAGGCAGUGGGAUAUGCAGCCCUUUACCCUGAGGACUUUGGCAGUAAGAACGGCAGGACGACCACUGCUGUUAUGGACAAGCACAACCCUACCAGUGUCUGUGUUAUCCUAUAGACCAGGGAUUUUGCAACAGUUUUUGAACCAGGGACUGGAAAAUUAUGGAUCUUCUCUUUGGAUUAAAACAAACAAUUUUGGUGGGCCACUUAUAAUGAAAUUGAACACUUCAGAAGUGAAGUUCUCCCAUAACUAUGAACUAUCUGAGGGACCUGUCAGCAACAUCUCAGGAACCAGUGCUGCUCCAUGGACCUCCAUGGAGGUUGAGAAAUAAUGCUACAGAGUCUGGCCUCCUGUAUAGCCAGGCUCCACCAAAAGAGAAUCACAAGAAAACACACACCACACACGCACACACACAUGUUGCGUAUUCAUCGCAGUACAGAUGAUAGAUAGAUAAAUAGCACCAUCUUGUGCUCACAUUAAUCAUUACAUUUCAGUACUCCUAAGAAAUCUGUGACAGAAAGAUACAAUGGUGAAAAGGUUAAGAUUUCAGGGUUGUACUGUAAAGUACAUGAAUUAUAUUGCAGCUUUAUGUACUAACAAGGCUACAGUAAUUGACUUCAGCUUGUUGCGACGUUACAUCACUCAAUAGGUCUAUGUUUUGUACAAUUGGCUUACAGUGAGAGACGAAGGAUUAAUAAUACUAUCAGCAUCUUCCAAGCCUACUUAGUCCUGUGCUUCGUCAAAAUAUAACUGGGGUCAUGCUCGUGGAAGGACAUGGCUAAUUUGUCUUAGCUGUGAUACAGGAAAAGUGCUUUGUUCAGAUAGCAAUUGUAAGGGAGUCAGGCACGAAGCACUGGCCAAUGCUCUGAUAUUUGGAUUACAAUACUUAGGUUUAUCCUCAAAGACUUGUAUGCCUUCAACAUUAAUGUAAAUAUAACAAAUAUAAUCUUUAGGUAAAUUCACAAGCUCUAUUCACAAGUACAUUGAAAAAUUUGUAAAACAUGGAUGUUUUGUGCACAGUUCUUUAUUUUGGCUAUUCAGUGGCUUGGAAGUGCAAUGUUUUGUCUGAAGAUGAAUAUCUUUAUUAUGAUAUAAUGUAAUUAAAAUGCAGUAACACAUUGCUUAUGUAGAUAUUUUUGUACAGUCAUUUUAUAAAUGCUUUACUGAUAUAUUUUAUGUGGAUUAAGUAUAUCAGUAAAGUAUUUAUAAAAUGUUAAUAAAUAUUAUUUGCCAUUGGAUGUACCCAUUAAUGCUCAAGAGAAAUGUCAUUUGAAUAUAUGCCUGAGAUGAGUAAAAAAUAAUAAUAUUGCAUUGUGUAUUGCUAUACCAUUUAAAUAAUUAAAAAUAAAUAAAACAUACACAUCAAGACAAAUUCAUUAAACAAAUUAUAAUAAUCAAUCACCUCUUGUGAGUUCAGGGGGCAUCCCUGGUGCUAGUAACAGUGGAAAGGUCUUUAGGGAAGACUGACAAGUUUAUAUUGUGAGUAUCCCCUAAGUGGAAAUCUGAGCAGCAUUUGAAUAUCAUCUGUGUACUUGAAGCACAUAUUUGUUAAUUUUUUACAUCAUGGACAUCACAGAACCUCAACAUCUUACAGAAAAUAGAUACUAGAGAGUAUGUUGUUCUAUUAUCAGUCAAAGCCAAUAAAAGUAUAAAAUUUCCAAAGCCUUUUUAGAGGUUUUGCAGGUUCUUAUGAGGUCACUCAUAACGCAACCUACGCUCUCAUAAAAAUCAGGACGGUUGGAUUGUAUAAACAUUAGCAGUUUCUCUGCCCUCCCAUCUUACUCAACAUACAUUUCCCCUGAAGCUAUUACCACCUCUAUGAUCCAAGCAGUGAUAAAACCUGUCAGCACUUUACCUUUUCUCUCAUUAUUGUGUGCCAGGUUCUUACAGUUUGUACAUGUACCUGUUCUGUUCCUCUCCAUUGAUUGGCAGUCUGGCAGGGCAAUAUAUUUUGCAAUAAUGAGAUGAACCCCAGUCAUGCCUUUGUCAAUAAGGAUCCGCACCUUUAAAAAAAAAAACUGUUGAUAUUUUUGCCUAAAAUCACAUACCCAAAUCGAACUGCCUGUAGCUCAGGACCUGAAGCAAGGAUAUACAUAUGCUUGAUACCAUUUGAAAGGA